GGGGGCUGGUAGUUGUAGUGUAUCACUUGGCUAAUAUUCUACAUAUGUAGACACUGUACUCCUCCUACUCCUUCUACUUCUUCUUCUUCUUCUUCUUCUUCUUUGCUUUCAACCUUUAUCCUUCCAAGCAUCUUCUUUUCCUCUAACUAAACUAUUUUGGAGAGUUUUAAUACACUCCCUGCUUGUCUUGCUUUAGCUAAAGAACCAAUCUACUGUGGAAGUUGUGGGUUCUUCAUCAAGAGGAUGAGUGCUUCAAAGUUCAUUAAAUGUGUUACAGUUGGAGAUGGAGCCGUUGGCAAGACCUGUAUGCUUAUUUGUUACACCAGCAACAAGUUCCCAACUGAUUAUAUACCUACAGUGUUUGACAAUUUCAGUGCUAAUGUGUCUGUGGAUGGGAACAUUGUCAAUUUGGGACUUUGGGAUACUGCAGGUCAGGAGGAUUAUAGCAGACUGAGGCCACUGAGUUACAGAGGUGCAGACAUAUUUGUUUUGGCUUUCUCAUUAAUUAGUAGGGCAAGUUAUGAAAAUGUUCUUAAGAAGUGGAUGCCUGAACUUCGUCGGUUUGCACCAAAUGUUCCAAUAGUUCUUGUUGGUACCAAAUUAGAUCUUCGUGAAGACAGGGGAUAUCUAGCUGAUCAUAUGAGUUCUAAUGUUAUAACAUCUGCACAAGGAGAGGAGCUGAGGAAACAGAUUGGUGCAGCAGCAUAUAUUGAAUGUAGCUCCAAGACUCAACAGAAUGUCAAAGCUAUUUUUGAUACUGCAAUCAAGGUUGUCCUUCAACCUCCAAGGAGGAAAGAGAUGGCAAGGAAGAAAAGGCGCCGCAGUGCUGGUCAUGCAAUUGCGAGCAUCAUGUGCGGACGUUGUGUUGCUUAGGGCACAGUGACAGCAGAUGGAUUAGCCUAGUCACCUACUUUUGACUGCAUGGAACAGUUGUUUUGCAAAUGACUUUGGAUUUUCAUGGAGUGUUGAUUCCUGACAGCCGGUUACAUGUUUAAAUUUUUAUGCUUUUGUUGGUAUUGUAGCCUCAGUAACCAGGUCUGAACUAUGAGAACGUAGUUGUCACCUUACAGACUGAUUAGAAGCUCAGAGGGAAUUGUUCAUUCUCUCCUCUCCUGUACUUGUUCGUAAAGUAAAUUGAGUUCCAUUGUUGUAUUUGGUAGAGUACAAUACCCGUUUGCUGCUUGUUGCUAAUGCAAAAUUAUGAAUUCCUUGUCCA